AUGCGUAAUGCUGUACCACCAACGUUUUCAUCGAAGAAAGAGUCUCAUUUAGCACCCAUGGCUUCCUCCAACAGCUCCAGCCUCGGAGCGGAGAUGACAGCACCCGACAAUGUCACUACCAGUGGUGACUCGUGUACUUGGUACGCGGGUGAGAGUUGCGAGAAGUCACGCACUUGCUACGACUGCCUCAACGUCGGUAUCGUCGGAGAUUCGUGUGCUGUUGGGGUUUUUGGCCAAUGUUUGAGUAUUUCAGAGCAAAUAACAGGUGAAACGUACUAUUUGGCAUCCAGUACGGCGUAUUGCAAGCCUUCGGAUGAAAUCUGCACUACUUGUCGCUAUCAAUGGCUGGAGGACUAUGCUGCAAGUAGAGCAGUCACAUCUUCGCUUUGUUUCGGGGAGAACGGGUGCAUCUGCUUAGCAGUUUGUGAACGGGAGACGAGAAAUUCGCUGGUGAUCCACAACCAAUGUCCGUCAUUCGAGAGGGCCAAAGUCGGUAGUAUUAUGCUGAUCAUCGGUAUGGGGGUGGCGUCGAUUAUCGUCUUCUCAAUGUUCACCUACUGUAUCAAAAAGCUGCUCAAACGGGCAUUACCUUGGUUGGAGCAAGCUCCGCCGAAUCAGUCGAUGCUGUCCCAAAGACAUUACCUCGUGGUCCACAACUAG